AGAGCCAUCGGCCAUCCUCCUCAGUCCUCACCAAUCAGCGUCCGACUGAUGAAAUAAUUGUCAACUGAAAUUAGAUCUGAAGCUCAAAUUAGAGCCAUAAAACACCAGCCACUCCUACUGCAAUUAAUUCUUUUAGUAACACAAGCAGCCGUGAAAUGAACGAAAAACCUCAAAUGUGACUUAGAAAAUGGCUCUGAUUGCAACGAGAACGAAGCUCCCCAGACUUCUCUCUUCUGGGUCAUGUCGAUCUACGGGCCACUUUGGGAAAUAUGGGGCAAUGUGUUGGUCCACCGCGGUUGCUCCGGCGGAGUCGAGGUCCGUGGGGUUGGACAUUUCUGGACUCAAAGACUAUGAGGAUUAUCGGAGGUCUUUGUACGGUGAGAUCACUCACAAGGCCUUGUUGGUUGACGCCGCUGGCACACUUCUUCUUCCUUCUCAGCCAAUGGCUCAGAUUUAUAGGAAGAUCGGGGAGAAAUAUGGGGUGAAGUACUCAGAGACUGAGAUACUGAACAGAUACAGAAGGGCUUAUGACCAGCCUUGGGGUAGAUCUCAUCUCAGAUAUGUUAAUGAUGGGAGGCCCUUCUGGCAAUAUAUAGUCAGUUAUUCCACGGGCUGUUCAGAUACUCAAUACUUUGAAGAGCUUUAUAGCUAUUACACAACUGAUAAGGCUUGGCACCUCUGUGAUCCUGAUGCUGAGAAAGUUUUUAAAGCUCUGAGAAAAGCGGGUGUGAAGUUGGGCGUUGUGUCAAAUUUUGACACUCGAUUAAGACCUCUGUUGCGGGCUCUAAAUUGUGAUCAUUGGUUUGAUGCUGUGGCAGUAUCAGCUGAAGUUGAAGCAGAGAAGCCAAAUCCAACAAUAUUUCUAAAAGCUUGCGAUUUAUUGGGAGUAAAGCCUGAGGAGGCUGUACAUGUAGGGGAUGACCGCAGGAAUGAUAUAUGGGGUGCCAGAGAUGCAGGUUGUGAUGCUUGGCUUUGGGGAAGUGAUGUUCACUCUUUUAAGGAGGUUGCUCAGAGGAUAGGUGUCCGGGUGUAAAAGAUGAUUGUUCUUCAGAAACGUUUUCAAGGGUGCUUUCAAUGUGCACACGUUUCUUGAGCUUUUUGUAAGAGCUAGGGUUAUAUUCUGCUCUGUUUUAGUCUGUACAGGUGUAAGUGAUGCUAUAACAUCAGGAACAAAUAAUAGUAUGAAAGUUUUGUCCUUUCGAACACAGAACUUUCUUUUUCUUUA